UUGCUUUGGGUAACUCCCACUACAUCGCCUUCCCCGAGGAGGACGAGGCCCAAUGGGAACUCUUCAAGAUCGAACAUGAGCGAGUGUAUGGAGAUGAGAAAGAGGAGCACACUAGGAAGGAAAUCUUCAUGAACAACCUCAACUUCAUCCGUGAACACAACAAGAAGCACGAGAGAGGAGAAGUUACCUUCACCGUAGGAGUCAACCAGUUCGCUGACAUGACCAACGAAGAGUUCCGCCAGAGGAUGAACGGAAUCAGACUGACCGAGGACUACCAGAGAAGCGGAGAGAAGUUCGAGAUCGACGAGAAUCUGGAAAUUCCCAAGAGCGUAGACUGGAGGAAGAAAGGAGCCGUAACCAAAGUCAAGCACCAGACCUUCUGUGAUUGUAGCUAUGCCUUCAGCGCUACUGGAAGUUUGGAAGGACAGACCUACCUGAAAACCAAGAAGCUGGUGUCUUUGAGCGAGCAAAACAUUAUUGACUGCAGCACCGAUCAAGGAAACCAAGGGUGUGAUUUUGGACGGAUGAAUGAUGCAUUCGAGUACGUCAAGGAGAACAAGGGAAUCGACACCGAGGCUUCCUACCCCUAUGAGGAUGAGGAGGGCUCUUGCAGAUACAAGGCCAAGAACAAGGGAGCCACUUGCUCUGGCUACGUGGAUGUGACUUCAUUUAGUGAGAACGCUUUGCAGCAGGCCGUGGCUAAGGUUGGACCAGUGUCUGUUGGCAUCGACGGCAGCCACUCGUCCUUCCAGUUGUACAAGAGCGGAGUGUACAAGGAUCCUGAAUGCUUUGAUAAGUACAUAACCACUGGAUUGCUGGUUGUCGGGUACGGAACUGUCAAGAGGGGAGAAGACUUCUGGUUGGUGAAGAACUCCUUUGGAACCAACUGGGGAAUGAAGGGAUACAUCAUGAUUGCCAGGAACCACAACAACAUGUGCGGUAUUGCCACAAUGCCCAGCUACCCCACAGUCUAGACUUAAUCAUGGCCAAUGGACAGUUAAUUGUCUUUACUUUGUUAUUAUUAAGCUAAAAAUAUCUUAUUAGUAAACUGAAAUUGCUGUAUACAUUUCACCCUACAUUCCAUCAC